AUGGACGAGGCAGCUCUGAGCGACGUCGCUCGGCGAGCGCGCGAAUCGACUCGCGAAUCGUCGUCGCGUCGUUUGCCGGACGCUUCGGCUCACCGCUCAUCCUUCUCCUUCAACCCUCCCCCGCUGGUGGCCGGGGAGGAGGGAGAUCCUGGAAGCAAAAACUGCGAGGCGGAUUCAGCGGCGGGCGAGAUCGGUCAAGACGAUUCGGUGACAGCGCAGAAGCAGGAGAAGCAGGAAGAGGCGGAGAGGUGCCGGUGUGAGAAAUGGAUGGCCUUUCAGCAGUCAAUCGCGGCAGCAGAGGAAGCUGACGUCAGUGACGACGCCGCCGAGUCCGAUACCACUAGUACUAGUUUUAAGGCGCCCCAUAACUCAGCAGCUGACGUCAGUGGCGCCGACGCCGCUAAGCUCGCAACUGUUAGCGGUAACGCCGCUACCGGUACAAUCGGCGAUAGCAGCGACUCCGGCGCUGCCGACUCCUUUGGCGACUGCUCCGCUGCGACUUGUUUUGGCAGGUUACAAGCUCCAGGUCCUAGCGCCGUCGCAGCGGGGGAGGCGGAGGCGCCGUCAGUUGCGCUGUCAGUUGCGCCGUCAGGUGCAGCAGCAUCAGAGACGCUGUUUUCCCGGCGAAUGAAAUCCCAAUCGCACCCAGCGCCGCGGGUAGUACCUGUAUUAGGCGAUACUACAACGGGGACGCGCAACUUCCCCUUCCCCCUGGCCCGGGGCCUAGAAAGCGCAGGCGCGAUGCGGAGUUCCCCUCUGCGCAAUUUCCCCGUUCCGCGCAGCUCGUCGCACACUGACAGGUUUCCGCCACCGCGAGCGGCGGUCACGGCGGCGUUUCCACCAGAGCCAUGGUUUACCUGUGGCAGCAGUACCUACCAAUACACACAGCCUCGCGUUACUAGUGGGCCGCUUCAGUCAUGUACUAGUGAGUCGCCUCGCGUUAGUGAGCCGUUUCGAAGCGCGGCUAUUGAGUCGCCCCGCGUUACAGUCAUGUCCAUGGUGACAGAGAUCGCGUACGAACCGCUCCCCGAAGGCCUCUUCACUCCGCUCUCCCCGUUAUCCGCCAGUUCCGCGGCUUCCGCCGCUCCUGCGCUGUUUUCCCCAGACGGCCUCUCCGCGCGGUUUUUCGACUCCCCCGGCGCGUCUUCGUCUGCCUCCGUCUCCUCCGCGUCCGUUCUUUCCCCCGGCGCUUCGCCAUCUUCUUCCCCCGCCGCGCACACAUUUUCGUCGCGACACAGGCGGCAGUCGUCCGCGUCGCACGCGACGACACCUCCGCUAAUUACGUCGCUGCAAGGCGACGUGCCGCGCUCGCCGCCGGCUCCGUUCCGCCGGCGAUCUCACUCGUUCGCGUCGCUCAACACCUUUCAGCUGCAGCGGAAAAUUCACGCGUCCCCGUCCCCGCCCAUGUCCCCAUCUCUCGCGCCGUGUUUCGUGCGCGCGGAAGGGACAGAAACAGGCGGGCAGGGGGCUACGAAAGUGCGCCCGGAGUCAGGCGGUGCAUCAGGCGCAGCGACGGCAGCGUCGACUCUAGCAGAAGCCAGGGCGGCUCGUCUGUCCACGUCAGCAGCAGCAGCUACUGCCGCCAACCCAGGAAGAACUAAGAUUUUCGCAUCGGUGCCACUCAAUAAGCCUCCAUAUCUUUCAUCACCCGCGAGUACUGGAUAUGCGAACUCCCGGGAUGGGGAGUGGAGCGAACCGGUGGGUAUAUCAUGGGAGGCGCAGGGGAGGCGAAUAGGGGGGGAGCGGCACAGGGGUGGGGUGGCACAUCGUUGA